CUAAGUUGAAUCUUAAAUCUUUAAAAUACUUACCCUGUAUGCAUUUAGUAUUUUUAUAUAAUAUUUGUAAACAUGCGGAUUUUCACGUAUUUAUCAAAAAAAGUUGGUGAUCUAACGGUAAAAUAUUCGAAUCUACCCGAAUCUUACAUAAAAAGGAGUUAUGAACAGGUUUAUUGGAGGAAUCCAAAAGGAUAUCCGCAAUAUCCCGCUGCACAAAUAGCGCGAAAGAAAUUUCGAUUCACGACUCACAGACCAUGGACAGGCCCAUUUGCUAGACAGAAUGAAAGAACAACAAUGAGGAAGAAGGUUUUUAUUGAACCAAUUAAAGAAUGGAGUUUUUUUAAGGGAGACAGAGUUGAGGUGAUGGUGGGCAAAGAUAAAGGAAAGCAGGGCCUUGUGAUACAGGUGAUUCAAGAGAGAAACUGGGUGAUUGUGGAAGGACUUAACACACAUCUCAGAAUUGUUGGUAAAGACAAAAAUUUCCCAGGUAUAGUGGUACAGUCAGAAGCACCACUCCUGGUGACCACCGGUGUUAAGUUGGUGGAUCCAGAGAGCUUAAAUUCGACUGAUAUUGAGUGGAGGUAUACCGAAGAUGGAGAUAAGGUUCGAGUAUCAAAGAGUAGUAGCAGAAUAAUACCGAUACCGAAGGCGGCGGGCGAGACCAUAGACUACAAGAGCAAGGAGUUGUACAUAGAGAAUGUUGAUAAGGAUACAUUAGCAGUUGAUGCCGCUAAGAUAUCGUUCACUCCAAAGCUACGGACAUUUGAAAUGGACAUCAUGGAAGAGAUGAAUAUUAAAGAAGACCGGACCCCCGCUAAGUCUUACUGGUAUUAGAUACCACAGAUCUUGAAUUCUGUGCAUUUGUGUGAAUAAUUGAAUGUUGUUGUAUAAAUUAGAUUAAAGUUAUAAAAAUGUC